UUCUGGUCAUGUGGCAGCGGAAUGGCCGCCUCCAUGGAAGGUAGCAUUAAGAGCGAAUUCCCAUGGAGCAAACAACGGGUUCACGAGUUGAUCGGACUUUACGAGGAAGAGCAGGUGCUCUGGAAUGGCAAAUGCAAGGAUUAUCACAACAAGAGCCAGCGACAGGCCGCCCUCGAUCGGCUGGCAGCGAAACUUAACGUGCCAGUCAAUGAAGUCAAUAAAAAGCUCAUGAAUUUGAGGACAUAUUACAGCAAGGAGCUGGCAAAAGUGAAGAAAUCAAGAGUACGUGCAGGUGGUAGUGGUGAAGUCUAUCGCUCACAGUGGCCUUUCUUUGACCACAUGGACCUCUUUCUCAGCACACAGGUGGUACCAAGGAAAUCUACUGUUCUGGAGCUGAUGGAAGUAAACGGAGAUAAUGGGGAAAGUGAUUUAAGAAAGCCUGUCAUCGAAGAUUCCAAUCUGGCUGCAAGCUCCAAUACAAACAAAGUGGCAUCGGCUGAUCAUCUACAGCCCCACAAGAAGUUUAAACCAGACCUGUUACUGGAGGAAUCGGUCAGUUCAUACAGGACCACUUCAGUAGCAGUUCCUGUCCCUGCUCCAGUAGUAGUAACAGCAGCAGCAGCACCCCGGGGAGAUGAUGAAGAUGACAUUUUCGGAAAGCAUGUGGCUAACGAACUACGUCUCAUUGGUAACUUGCGGGCAAAGCAAUUUGCAAAACUUCAGAUCCAGAACAUUUUAUUUGAGGCCCAGUUUGGGUAUUCUCAACCACCUCAGUUUAUGACUAACUUUGAAAAUCAAACUAUGGACACCCCUUCUGACUCAGACUGUCCUGAUAACUCUCGGAGAUCAGCAUGCACUUCUGUGUCACGCAGGGAAAAGCAGAUGUCCCGGCUGUAUAGAAAUCACGACACUACAGAUUGAUGUCGGGGAAGGCCCUUCACACUGUGAAUUUGAUUCAGCUCUAGUUUCAACACUAAACCAUCCUACCUCACUUCUAUUCUAAAUGCAAACUGUGCAAGUAAAAUUCAGGCAAUAGCACUUCUAGACGCAACUCCGUUUUUAACACGUGCAUUUAGUAGAAAGUGUGCUUUGGUCCUGAAGCCUAAAACUAAAACUGUUUUUAUAGAAACUUUUACCUUUAGCUACACUUGUGCAAUUGUUAAUUUCUUAAAUGCCCAGGAUCUAACAUGUGACUGCACGUUUUCUGAGCCACUGCUGGAAAUGUAGAAAAUAGUAUUUACCUUGUUUUUUGCACAUAAAUAAGGGUGUUAAACCAUUUAUUUCCUUGAGACUCAUCCUCUAAUUUUUAGAUUUUAUUAUAAACAAGUAACCUCUUAGAAGCCCUGUUUGAAACCUAACUUUUACAAAAUCUGAAGGAAAGAAAACCUUAAGCACGUUUGACAUAAUUGUAACAGUUAAUAAGCUGUAUGAAACCUGACUAUGUUUUCAUUUAAACCAACAAUAAAAUUUUGGUGGACUUUUA